CACUCCGGCGAGGCUGAGCUGACCACCACCGGAGAUGGCACUCGCAGCGCCUCUGCUCCGCCUCCGGCUGCUGCCUCUCGCCGCCUUCGUCUCCGUCGUCUCCCUCACCGCGGCGCCUCGGCGUGCGGAGGCGUGGGGCAAGCAGGGCCACAUCAUCGUCUGCAAGAUCGCCGAGAAGUACCUGUCGGAGAAGGCGGCGGCGGCGGUGGAGGAGCUGCUGCCGGAGUCGGCCGGCGGGGAGCUGUCGACGGUGUGCCCGUGGGCCGACGAGGUGCGAUUCCACUACUACUGGUCUCGUCCUCUCCACUACGCCAACACCCCCCAAGUCUGCAACUUCAAGUACUCACGGGACUGCCAUAAUUCUCGUCACCAGCAAGGGAUGUGCGUUGUCGGGGCUAUCAACAACUACACCGAUCAGCUCUACAGCUAUGGCGAUUCAAAGAGUUCAUACAACCUGACGGAGAGCCUGAUGUUCCUGGCCCACUUCGUCGGCGACGUGCACCAGCCGCUGCACGUCGGCUUCGAGGAAGACGAAGGGGGCAACACCAUCAAAGUGCACUGGUACCGGAGGAAGGAAAACCUUCACCAUGUGUGGGACAACAGCAUCAUAGAGACGGCCAUGAAGGACUUCUAUAACAGAAGCUUGGAUACCAUGGUGGAGGCUCUCAAGAUGAACCUCACAGAUGGAUGGUCUGAAGAUAUCAGUCACUGGGAAAAUUGUGGCAACAAAAAGGAAACCUGUGCAAAUGACUAUGCAAUUGAGAGCAUACAUCUGUCCUGCAAUUAUGCCUACAAAGAUGUUGAGCAAGACAUUACUCUAGGAGAUGACUAUUUCUACUCUCGGUACCCAAUCGUGGAGAAGAGGCUAGCACAGGCCGGCAUCAGAUUGGCGUUGAUACUGAACCGGAUAUUUGGUGAGGAUAAACCAGAUGGUAAUGUCAUACCAUUACAAGUUCAGUAAGGGUUAUGAUCACCAGAAAUAUUCAGGAGAAAUGUUAUUUGUUGCUGCCACUCUAAUUAGUGGUUGUGCACAUAUUUUAUAAAAAGCACACAUACCUAUAGUAUAGAAUUCAAAAAUGUAAUUGUUGUAAUUGCUUAUUGGAAAGCACAUUUAUUUGUAAGAAGCACAUAGGCCUAGUACAGCAUUCAAAACUGUAAAUGCUGUCAUUCAUGUACAAUUGAAAGUAGUCUGUGACAAGAAACACAUAAGCCUAGUAUAGCAUUCAUAAAUGUAAUUGUUGUAAUUCCUCUAUGUUUGAACAGUGUACCACUUGAAUAAGUGUGUUUCAAAUCGAUUCAUUUCCCUCUAA